AUGGCUUACUACGGUGUGGAAAGAGGUUUCAAUCCCGGGGUUUAUUAUAGUUGGCCUGCUUGUAGAAACCAAGUCAAUGGUUUUAGCCGUGCAAAUUUUAGAAAAUUCGAUAACGAAGAUGAUGCUUGGUUUUUUGUUCAUAAUGGUUACGUAAGAGAAGAUUCUGAUGGAUAUUCUAGCAGUGAUGGAGUUUCGAAUAGUGAUGGAUAUUCUAAUAGUGAUGGAUAUGAAAGUUCUGAUGGAUACGAAAGUUCUGAUGGAUACGAAAGUUCUGAUGGAUAUGAAAGUUCUGAUGGAUAUGAAAGUUCUGAUGGAUGUAAUGAUUCUUACGAAGUUGAGGUGGUCUACAUUGAUGGGGCAUGCAGAGGUAAUGGGAACAAAUAUAAUACAUCAGCUGGUUAUGGGGUUUACUAUGGUCACAAUGAUUCUCGAAAUGCUGCUGUUUCGUUAGAUUUUGUAGAUCAAGACAACAACUAUAGACCAACUAACCAAAGAGCCGAAUUACAUGCAUUGAAUCAUGUUUUACUAAAUAUCAAUAGCGACAUUCAAAAUGAUGAAUGCUAUCGGAAAACCGAGAUUCGUACUGAUUCAAUGUUUGUCAUCAAUAGUAUUACUAAUUGGUGUUAUAAAUGGUGUAACAAUGGAUGGAAUAAUGUUAAAGGUGACACCGUUGCCAAUGUUGAUUUAAUCCAAGAGAAUUUCAACUUGAUGAAUAGCAUCAAUGAAGAAUACGAAGACCGUGGUUGGGGAGACAUUGAAUUUAAACAUGUUCGAGGACAUUCUGGUGAUUAUGGUAAUGAUGAAGCUGACAGAUUAGCAAAUAUAGGAGCUGAUAACUAUGGUCAGUACCUAUAG